AUGGAGACCCAGCAGCCCGCCUCCGCUGUCAACGGCCGCAACGGACACGCGAGCCCGACGGCCAACGGCGAGAAUGGCACCCCGCGCAAUGUCAACGCUGCCGUGCGUCUCGUCCUCCCCGGCGGCCGCACCCUGACCGUUGCCGAGAAAACCUCCAGCCAAGAAGAAGCAGCCCAGGAGUUCUGCGUGCUGCUUGAUAAUGCAUCCGGGAACAGGCUUGUUCCGCUCUACAACAUUCUCUGGGCCGGCGCCACGGGUCAUCAGCUCCAGAUAAGCUACGCGGCGCAGCCCUCCAAGACUUCCAUCAAGCUCGAGACGUGGACGUUUGACCUCGAUGCGUCGGACCAGCCGCCCGCUGAUGGGUCCACGCCCGACGAUUUCGCAUCUAGCCUCGUCUCCCAGGCUUAUGGCGAUGCCCAGCCACAGAAGCGGGCGUAUGUGCUCAUCAACCCCAACGCCGGGCCCGGAGGGGGCUUGCGCAAGUGGGAAAGACAUGCGAAGCCACUCUUUGAGGCGGCUCGGAUGCACAUCGACGACGUCGUGCUCUCCAAGGGAGGCGAGGCCGUUGGCCUGGUCGAAAAGGCCGACAUCGACAAGUACGACACCAUCGUGGCCUGUUCGGGCGACGGCACACCCCACGAAAUCUUCAACGGCUUAGCCAAGCGCCCCGACGCCAAGAGGGCACUUUCCAAGAUCGCCGUCAGUCACAUCCCCUGCGGCUCGGGCAACGCCAUGGCCUGCAACUUGUAUGGCUCCCACCGUCCCGCCCUCGCUGCCCUCGCCAUCAUCAAGGGGGUCGUGACGCCUCUCGACCUCGUGUCCAUUACCCAAGGCGAUCGACGCGUGAUAUCGUUUCUCUCCCAAUCCCUGGGCAUCAUCGCCGAGAGCGACUUGGGCACCGAGCACCUCCGGUGGAUGGGCAGCAAGCGUUUCGAUUUUGGCGUCAUCACGCGAGUCUUCCGCCGAAGGUGCUACCCGUGCGACCUGGCAGUCAAGGUUGAGGUGGAGCAAAAGGACGGCGUCAAGGAGCACUACAAGCGCCAUGCCAGCGACGCGAGCCUCCGGAAAGCGUUUCUGACGCCCAACGACCAGGACGGCGAGGGCGGGGGUGAGGGCGAGGGCCUACCACCUCUCAAGUACGGGACGGUCCAGGAUGCUCUGCCCGAAGGCUGGGAACUGGUGUCCUAUGACAAGAUUGGCAAUUUCUACUGCGGAAACGUGAGGGACCCGGACCUGUCUGCGCAGUCACGGCUCGCAUCCCCCAUGGCUAACAGGACGUCGCAGAUGGCCUAUAUGGCGCCGGAUCUCAACUUCUUCUCCGCAGCGGUCGCGUCGGACGGCUGCAUGGAUCUCGUGACGAUAAACGGCGAUCUUUCCCCGGUGACGGCAACCAAGACGCUCAUGUCGGUCGAGACGGGCAAGUUCUUUGACAGCCCGCACGUGGCGUACAAGAAGAUCUCGGCAUACCGCAUCAUUCCGCGGGACCAGGACGACGGAUACAUCAGUAUCGACGGCGAGCGGGUUCCAUUUGCUCCCUUCCAGGCCGAGGUGCAUCAGGGACUUGGCCGAGUGAUAUCGAAGCGCGGCGGCUACGAGGCACUUGGUCCGUCCAACUGGGACACUGUCACGGUGGCGGAGCGGCUGCACGCCUGA